AUGCAAUCUUCUAGUAUCGACGAUCGCCCCCUGAACGAUCAUUAUAAAAGCGAUAUACGUUACACGUUUCAGUUUUGCUAUUGGAUUUUGAAACCUAUAGGUAUUUAUUCCUUCAUCUACAAGGACGCAAAUAAAUUCGGAAAAAUAGUAUCUGUGAUAUUGAUUCUAAUUUGUUGUUCCGUCCUACAAUUUGUCAUGGUGCCGUUCAGUUAUAUUCUGUUCAAUGAAGAAGAGCUGAAAGCUAAGAUUAAAUAUCUAGGACCGGUAGCGUUUUGUUUCACGUCGCUAUUUAAGUAUGGUUACCUUGGUAUGAAGGGUUCCAAGCUCAACCGUUGCAUCCAACAUGUUCAGAGGGAUUGGAAGAAGUUACAGAAUAAAGAUCAUCGUGAUAUCAUGGUGCAAUAUGUGAUUAUGAGUAGAAAAUUGAUCAUGUUAUGUGCAGUCUUAUUGUACACCGGUGGUUUGUCCUAUCACGUCAUUAUGCCAUUGCUGUCAAAGGAGAUCGACACCAACUUGACGAUUAGACCCCUUAGUUAUCCUAGCUACGAGACACCUCUCGACAUCCAGCAGAGUCCCAUAUAUAAAGUGGUAUAUUGCAUGCAGUGCAUUUAUGUUUUGAUCAUAGGUAAUAUCACGAUGGCUGCAUUCAGUUUAACAGCAAUAUUCAUUACCCACGCCAGCGGUCAAAUUAAGAUACAAACGUCAAGAUUAGAAAAUUUGAAGAUGAAAGGGAAAAUGCUGGAAACUGGUUUUGAAAAUUGCUUAGCAAUUAUCGUGAAGGACCACACGGAGAUCCUGAGAUUUACGAAGAACGUUGAGAAAACUCUGCGCGAAUUAUUUUUUGUAGAAGUGAUAGUAUCUACUUUGUUAAUAUGCCUACUUCAAUAUUAUUGUAUGAUGGAAUGGCAGAUUAGCGAUUCGGUCGCGAUAUCAACGUAUAUUAUUCUCUUGAGUUCUUUUAUUUUCAACAUAUUCAUAUUUUGUUACGUAGGAGAACUUCUUCUUGGACAGGGUAGCGAAAUUGCGACAGCUUCGUACGAAGUAGAGUGGUACAAUCUACCUGGAAGAAAAGCUCGUGAUAUCGUAAUGUUGCUUGCCAUUUCGAAAUAUCCGCCUAAACUCACGGCAGGCAGAGUACUUGUUCUCUCGAUGAAUGCUUUUGUCGCUAUAUUAAAAGCCUCGCUGGUUUACCUGAACUUGUUGCGAACGGUCACUGAAUUGUGA